AGCAGGUCAGCUGUUCAGUACUGUUGAUACCAGGUAGAUACUGUCAAUAUCAGAUAAGAAAAAGAGAAAGAUUCGCGUUAUUGUACGCGAAACUCUGUGAAAUAUACAUUCCGACUGUUGUUGUUGUCCGGUUUUUAAAUAUGGAACCCCAAGAUAUUUAUUACAAUAAAGCUGAGUACGUAGAAACGGCUUCAGGAAACAAAGUGAGUCGUCAAACUGUUCUAUGCGGUUCUCAAAAUAUUGUUCUUCACGGUAAGGUAAUUGUUCAGUCAGACGCGAUUAUCCGUGGGGAUUUGGCGAACGUUAGAACAGGACGUUACUGCAUUAUCAGCAAAAAUGUCGUUAUAAGACCGCCUUUUAAAAAAUUCAGUAAAGGAGUGGCUUUCUUUCCACUUCAAAUGGGUGACCAUGUAUUUGUGGGUGAACGAGCAGUUGUUAAUGCGGCAGUAGUAGGAAACUACAUCUACAUAGGAAAGAACGCAGUCAUAGGAAGGCGGUGUAUUCUGAAAGAUUGUUGUUACAUAGAGGACGGGGCUGUUGUACCACCAGAAACAAUUGUACCAUCGUUUACACGCUUCGCUGGUAAUCCAGCAGUCUGCGUUGAAGAUUUACCAGAGUGCACGUUAGAUCUCAUGUUGGAUUAUACUAAAAACUAUUAUCAACAUUUUCUACCAGCUCAAAAGUAGUAUAUUUUUACAAAUCAUUACAUAAACUUAUUUAUAUACGUAUCCACAUUUAAGAAUAAUUUAUCGCGAUAACAAAAUCUUUUUGUUUUUGCCAACGCUUAUAACGAAGUAAAUUUUUCGAGAAAA